AUGGGUGACGGUGCGGGAGAUGGUGAGGAGAGGGUCCAUAUUUAUGACAGGUUGUGGUGGAUUCUUGACCCUAUUAACGGCUAUUAUGUUAAGGGGACUUAUAAUUAUCUGACGACAGCGGAGGUUCCUUCUGAGCACGGUUUGUUUGAUGACGUGUGGCAGAAGCAAGUCCCACUGAAGGUUUCUGUGUUUUCCUUCCUUCGCAAUCGACUUCCAACUAAAGAUAAUCUCCUCCAUAUGAGAAUCAUUGAUCAUGACGACACUUCUUGUAUAGGUGGGUGCGGUUCUUCUGAGACCGCAGACCAUCUUCUCUUUCGAUGUGAUCAUUUUGGUAUGGUGUGGCAUCGUAUAUAUCAGUGGUUAGGCAUUUCUUUUAUUGCUCCAGCUGUCGCUAGAGCUCAUCUUCAUCAGUUUGGUCACUUGGCGGGGCUACCGCGAUCUACACAUUCUUUUCUGCCAGUAAUCUGGAUGGCUAGUGUAUGGGUUAUUUGGAAGGAAAGAAACAACAUGAUCUUUAACCGGAAGAAUGUUGACUUGAAUCAUUUAGCAGGCAACGUCAAACUUAUGUCUUUUUCUUGGCUAAAGGCAAAUAUGCCCACUUUCGCUUUUAGUUAUAAUGACUGGUGGCGACAUCCUUUACUUUGUAAGGGUGGUUUUGUGUAG